AAAAAAAAAAAUGUCACCUCCACAAUACAAGUACGGGCCUGCGAAAGCCGUAGAAUUCUACAAUAAAAACACAGUCAUCUUCUUGACAGGCUCCACAGGGUUUGUUGGAAAGGCCAUCUUAGAGAAGUUGUUGCGUUCUUUCCCUCAGAUCACAAAGAUCUACUUGUUGAUUAGGAUCUCGGAGGACAGGACAUUGCAGGGCCGUAUUGAGGAUCUAUUUAGCAACAGCAUCUUUGAUGUCUUAAAAGCUCAGUUCUCAAGUGCUCAAGAAUUUCAAGAAAAGAUUGUCAGCAAGAUUGUGCCUGUGAAGGGAGAUAUUACUGUCAAUCACUUGGGCCUCUCAGACAAGGAUAUGGCCAUGGUCCAAGCAGAUGCUACAGUUUUCAUCAAUAGUGCUGCCUCUGUCAGUUUUGAUGAUUCAUUGGACAGUGCCCUUGAGAUGAACACAAAGGGCCCUUUCCGCACAUUUAAGAUUGCCAAAGGCUGCAAAAACUUAGCUGGCAUUGUUCACAUCUCGACUUGUUAUGUUAACACACCCAUGGUUGGCCAACAUAUUGAUGAAGUCAUCUAUCCUCAUCCAUUUGGAGAUGAUCCAGAGGCCAUUUAUGAGAUGCUGACCACCAAGAUGUCCUACGAAGAGAUAAGAGACUAUGAAAGAUCCGUUGUCCUCAAGACCUACCCGAACACAUACACAUUCUCCAAAUCCUUGACAGAGCACUUGAUUAAAAGGCGGUACAAGGAUAUGGCUCUCCCUAUUGUUAUUGUCCGUCCUUCCAUUGUCACCGCUGCUUGCCAGGAACCAGUGCCUGGAUGGGUAGAAGGUGCUACUGCAGCUAACAAAGUGAUCAUGUCUUGCGCUCUUGGUCAAGUUCAAGAAUGGAUUGGCUACGAGACCGCUAAAACAGAUCUUAUUCCUGUUGAUAUUGUGGCCAAAACAACCUUACUCUCUGCAACGACUGCUGAUCGCACACUCGCGGAGCCGCUUAUAUACCAUGUCGGCACUAGUUGCGUUAGUCCCAUUACCUGGCGUGUCUUUGGUAUGUAUUUGACUGCAUACUGGCGCACAGUUGAACGACCACGUCAGUGGGCCUCAGACGAUAUCCGAUUCGAGCUUUACCCUACUGCAGAAUUCAAACGUCGAUUUGACGCCCGCUUUGGAGAGCAGGUCCGAACUUUUUUAGCCCAACACAAAGAUGGUGAAAAGCUUAAAGUCCAUAUCUCCAAGGCAAUGGCCGUGCCCAUGACCUUAAAAACCUUUGGCCUGUAUCAGUGGUUUUUUGAUGUGACCAAUACAUUGGCUCUCGAUGAUGCAGCCCCCACAGAGCUCAAGAGUGGCCUCCGAAGAGGCAUAGAUUGGCAUAGGUACAUGGAAGACUACAACGCAGGCGUACAUGAGUUUAUUUUGCGUGAGAAGGUCGACAGGUCCACUGUAAUCGAAUACCCAACUGAGUUGUGCCCAGUACCAAAAGAAGGAAGUCCUAAACCAAUAACAGCAACAACAGCCAUGGAGAUCACAGCCAAGCUUUAGAUUUCCUAUUUUUUUUUUUAUUGACACAUCGUACAUGUAUAAAAAGCAUCUCUACUGAAAUUAGAGCUAUUUCUU